GUUUAUUAAUAAGCCUCGUGUUCAGGAGCAGCUACUCUCCGAGGGGAGGGCGUGGACAUUAUACUAAUUAUUCAUAAGCGCUUCUUGGUGGGCGUGGCUCCACUGUAUGAAUCAGUGUUCUGGGGCGUGGACGCCUUAUGGCAUAUUAAUGAAGGGGGCGUGGUCAGGCGCAGGGUCUCCACUACCCGGUGGUCUCGGUGCCUGUAUUCUAGCGCCGCUGCCAUGUCUUCCAUCUUGCAGCCGUUCACGGUCACGGAGGGGCCCUGCGGGUUAUCGCGGACUGCAAUGAAUGGAAACAAGCGGGUGGUCCCCAGGUCCCUGGCGGCUGCUGCUCCAGGAGGAGGGCGAGGGAAAAUCACACACCCUGGCAAAGCCAUAAUGGCUGGUGGAAUUGCAGGGGGCAUAGAAAUCUGUAUCACCUUCCCUACAGAAUACGUCAAGACCCAGCUUCAGCUGGAUGAGCGGGCCAAUCCUCCACGGUAUCGAGGAAUAGGGCACUGUGUCACACUGACUGUACAGGAUCAUGGAGUCAGAGGUUUAUAUCGAGGUCUUAGCUCAUUGCUUUAUGGAUCCAUCCCUAAGUCUGCAGUGAGAUUUGGCACAUUUGAGUUCCUCAGUAACUUUGCAAGGAGUUCCUCAGGAAAGUUGGAUGGAAAGUCCAGUUUUCUGUGUGGUCUGGGUGCUGGUGUUUCAGAGGCUAUUCUGAUUGUAUGUCCAAUGGAGACAAUAAAGGUAAAGUUCAUCCAUGACCAGGCCUCCUCUACACCCCGGUAUCGGGGCUUUUUUCAUGGAGUGCGGGAAAUUAUCAGAGAGCAAGGUCUACGUGGGACAUAUCAAGGACUGACCCCCACUAUUUUAAAGCAGGGCUCCAACCAAGCAAUCCGGUUCUAUGUCAUGACCUCACUUCGAAACUGGUACUUAGGUGAUGAUUCCCAAAGACCGAUUCAUCCUGUUGUCACAGGAGUAUUUGGUGCCAUUGCUGGGGCUGCUAGUGUCUUUGGUAAUACACCUCUAGAUGUCAUCAAGACCAGGAUGCAGGGUUUGGAAGCUCACAAAUACAAAAACACUUUAGACUGUGCGAGCCAGAUACUUCGCAAUGAGGGACCCUUGGCGUUCUAUAAGGGCACUGUGCCGCGUUUGGGCAGAGUAUGUCUAGAUGUUGCCAUUGUCUUCGUCAUCUAUGAAGAAGUAGUAAAAGUUCUGAACAGAGUGUGGAAGACCUCCUAACACCACCUGUCCGGAACGUGAACCUUGUGGCGAGACGUGUUUACUAUUUUUAUUUUACUCCUAACUGGAAUGAGUUGUGCUUGUUGCAAAUAUUGUAAAUUAUUCCAAAAUGUCAUUUUAACCUCUUAUUAUUGUAUGGUAUGUGUGUGUAUAUUAAUGUCUGGAUUUGCCUUAAAUCUGCCAAAUACCUUCUAGUCAUUGAUUGUUGGAUACUUUAUUGUGGAAUUUGUCCGGUUGUGUUUAUCUGGAUACAUUUCAGAACUAGGCUUGAAAUAAUAGUCAGGCUGCAUUCACACCACGUUUUUGCAAUACAGUUCCCGUAUACAUUUUCAAUGGGAACCGUAUGCAUUGACUCUCCAUUGAAAACCAUAUGCAUUGACUCUCCAUUGAAAACCGUACGCAUUGACUCUCCAUUGAAAACCGUAUGCAUUGACUCUCCAUUGAAAACCAUAUGCAUUGACUCUCCAUUGAAAACCGUACGCAUUGACUCUCCAUUGAAAACCGUACGCAUUGACUCUCCAUUGAAAACCGUAUGCAUUGGCUCUCCAUUGAAAACCGUACGCAUUGACUCUCCAUUGAAAACCGUACGCAUUGACUCUCCAUUGAAAACCGUACGCAUUGACUCUCCAUUGAAAACCGUACGCAUUGACUCUCCAUUGAAAACCGUACGCAUUGACUCUCCAUUGAAAACCGUAUGCAUUGACUCUCCAUUGAAAACCGGAUGCCAAAGGAUGCAUCCAGUUGCAUCCGUUUUGCGUCUUGUACGGUUUUGUCAGUUUAUUUUCCCCCGUACCCAAAUCCGUAGCCUACCACGGUUUUUGGUCCGGGUGAAAAACCGUAUUAAACUGUAUACGGUUUUUAACAUGGGAGUCAAUGGGAACCGUACAGAGCUGUAUUUGCGUACGGUUCCAUACGGUUUGCACCAUACCGUUUUUGACUUUGCACAGUUUUUUUUUUCUUAGAAUUUCAAUCAAGCAAGUGAAACUUUAUUCAUAAUGGAGUGAAAAGUUAAAAACAUAUCCAUUGUUUUCUUAAACGGAUACAACCGGACAUAAUUUUUCAAACUGUAUACGGGUUAAAAUUUGUACACACGUUUUGAUACAGUUUAGUCCGGUUUUGAGGAAUCAGUUUUUCAUGAAAAACCUGAUACGGGAACUGUAUUGCAAAAACGUGGUGUGAAUGCACCCUUAUGUGGUUUAGACCCAGUAACCGAAGAGGCAGAUGCCUUGUGUUGCUUACCAGGGAAAAUAAAGCAUCACAUGGUGCCCAGCUGCCCAUACACAGAAUCUGAUGGGACCCAUCAAAAGGUAAGCCGCUGCUAGAUCCCUUGUCGAGAUCGGUGGCUCCCAUACACAUUAGGUGGUUGGCCGGUCUCAAUGAAAACAGCAGGUUUGGCCGGCACGUGUCUAAUUGUGAAACACUUGUAAUAACCCUAUCGGUUUUUGUUUACUUACAAAACGCACAAACCCAUAGAUACCCAUAGAUAUUUCACACACGACCACUUGGAUGUACUUUUGUAUUCCACACUGAAGCAAACCUAUAUAAAUCAUGAUCCAAACUAGCCCUUAAUAAUGGAUCUAGUCUCUUACUGUCUGGCAUCUGACAACAGACAUUACCCUUUGUGUUCUCUAUUAUGCUAAACAACAGCAAAUAUGGAGCUUUAAACCCUUAAAGGGGUACUCUGGUGGAAAACUUUUUUUUUUUUUUUUAAUCAACCGGUGCCAGAAAG